AUGAAUGAUGAAAAACUUAUUGAGUUGAUCCAUGGUUAUUCUGCAUUAUAUGACAUGUCCAACUCAAAAUAUAUGGACUCUGAUUUUAAGAAUAGUAUUUGGAGUAAAGUAGGAGCAGAAAUGAAAAUGGAUGGGUCUGUCUGUAAAACUCGGUGGGCCAAUAUUAGAGACAACUUCAGAAAAUCUUUGAAUAAACAAAAGACUAAGAGUGGACAACAAGCAACAAAAGUGAAGCCAUACAAAUAUUCAGAGCAAUUGAACUUUUUGAAGAAAUUCUUUGAGGAAAGGGAGACCAAAACAAACAUUGAGAUCAACGUAAAUAUCGACGAUUUCACAGGUGAUACAGAAAGUGAAGAGGUAUCCGAAAAUAGACCAAAUAGUCAAACACAAGACGUUACAAUAUCAGAAGUUAAUGAUGACGUGACUACACAAUCAGAAGGGCGAAGUUUAUUGAAAUCAACACCAAAAGAUGCCAUUCCACGAAAAAUUCGAAAGCUGUCAGUGUUAAACUCCACUGCUCCCUCUAAAACGGCCGCCGCUACAGCUAUGGAGUAUAUUAUUGAACGAAAUAAAAUUAUGAACUGUCCACCACCUACACAGCAUCCUGUUGAUGCUUUUUUAGCAGGAAUAGCUUCUUCUUUAAAAAAAUUAUCCCCACAAGAGUGGCAUUACGCAAAAGGUGAAUUAUUCGCUACUGUUCAAAGAUAUGAACUUAAUUUGCUAAACCGACAGCAACAGUAUACUGGCUCAGCAGGUUCUUCUGAAAUGUGUUCGAUUGGAGAACCUUCUCCUGCAGGAAGCUACCAGUCUCCAUGGAGUGGCCAAAAUUCAAUGACAUCUAGCGGUCACAUUGAGGAGAAUGCAGCACCCAACUUAACAUUGACGGAGUACUUCCAAUCCCUUCCUUAG